AUGGCUGUCUACAGCAGACCGGCGUCUAUGGAAAGGAUACCACUGCUGGAUGAUGUGCCAUUGACGUAUAACGCCUUUGACGAUGGCGGCGACUACACGAGCGAUACGUCCACACUUGCCGAACCGGAAGCUUCCGAGCCACCGUCAUUGAACAAGUUUUCCCGACUCGAAACUUGUUGGAUCCUGGCAGGACUCUGGAGCGCGGUCUUCCUCGGCGCUCUCGAUGGCACCGUUGUAGCUACUCUGUUAUCGCCCAUUGGAAGCCAUUUCAACAAGUUAAAUCAAUCUUCGUAUAUUGGGACCGCGUAUCUACUUUCUGUAUGUUGUUUCACUCCUCUCUAUGGCCGCCUCUCUGAUAUUUUAGGUCGUAAAGGUGCCAUGCUCUUAGCAUUGACGCUCUUCGGUUCUGGGACCAUAUCUUGUGCGCUCGCCCCUACAAUGGAAUCACUUAUCGCUGCACGAGCCGUCGCUGGUAUGGGAGGAGGCGGUAUUGUCGUCACCGAUUUGAUACCUUUGAAACAGCGUGGGCUGUAUCAAGGAAUGGCCAACAUAUUAUUUGGUUUAGGUGCAGGAAUUGGAGGUCCUAUCGGAGGUUGGAUCAAUGAUGUAUUUGGCUGGCAAGCGGCCUUCCUUUUCCAGGCACCUAUACUUUUGUUUAGCUUCGUCCUUGUCGCGUUGAAAGUUAAUAUUCAACUUCCAUCGGACGUGCAAAAUCAAUCGCUUACAGACAAAUUACGACGCAUUGAUUUCCUUGGCUCGUUGACUUUAGUUGGCACAGUCGGUUGCUUGCUACUCGGCUUUAGCUUGAAGACAACUGCAGAAAUGGCAUGGUCUCAUCCGCUGAUCUGGGGGCUGUUCACCUCGAGCGCCCUAUGUGGCGUGCUGUUCAUAACAGUUGAAAAAUUCGUGUCUCCGUAUCCGGUUAUGCCUCUACGUUUGAUCACACAAAGGACACCGCUCGCUGUCUCGAUGUCUAAUCUGUUCGGUAGCAUGGCUGCAUUUUCAACGCUGUACAAUAUCCCCUUGUAUUUUACGGCGGUUCGUCUCUAUACUUCAGCGAAUUCAGGUGCGUUGCUUGUCGUCGCCAUAUCUUCUGGAAGUGUUUUUGCAGGAUGGAUGAUGAGGCGCACUGGGAAAUUGUACAAGCUUACGCUAUGCUCUGGGCUCAUGUGUAUCUUGGCUAGCGUAUCUGUUGUUUUCUGGAACGAAAACACUUCUCCGUUCCAUCUGUGGAUUGACAUAGUGCCUCAGGGCUUUGGUAUGGCCAGUCUCAUCACUACUACGUUGAUCGCUAUGAUUGCUGGGGUGUUAAAGGAAGAUAUGGCCGUAGCCACUGGAAUCACGUAUCUUUUUCGGACUACAGGUCAAGUGUUGGGUGUAAGCAUCUCUGGGGCGAUAUUUCAGGCGGUUCUUUUGCAAAAACUACGACUCAGGAUUCAGGGUCCUGGCUCAGCGGAGGUAUGUCCUAUUCUCAUGAUCAUACAUUCGACGAACAUCAUAUCCACUCUUGAUCCACUGCACAAGGUUGCCGCCAUUGAAUCAUACGGUGACGCUUUACAGAUUGUGUUCAUCUGUCAGGCAGUGUGGAAUUUCCUGGCAUUCCUUUGGUGCAUACCGAUCCAAGAAAAUGUGUUACCAUAA